AUGCAAAAACACUUUCGGGUACCCUUGUUGGAUCAAUAUCAUUUGUUUGUGGAGGAGAACAGUGAGAGUAUUGAAAUUCCGAGAGAGGCUGGAGAUGAGUUGUCCUUCUAUCUGGAAGAAAAGUUGUUGGGUGUGGUAAUUCCUGCUUUGCAAGAUUUGGUGAAAGACUCAUCUCUUGCAUUACAACAUGAGGACACAACAAGAGGGGACAAUUUCAACCAAAAUGAACAUUUGAAAUCGGAAAUUUAUUCAAAGGUAGAUCCUUUCAAUCGAAUUGCCAUGUAUCUGGUCCGAAAUAACCCAAAAUAUUCUUCGGAAAUACAAAAUCAUCCAUAUUUUAAAUUACUGAAAGAACAUGUUGAACUUAUUCGGCCGUUGAUGGAAGCAAGCAGGAAGAAAUUGGGAAAAUCUCAAAGUGACGUCCAGCAAGAAAUCAAAGAAUUGGCUCUUCAAAAACUUAAGGAUCAAAAAUUGUAA